UAUCAGUUCAGGGUCUGAGAGAGAAAUCUUCUUAAAGAUCGAGAAAAUGGUCAUAAUCACGGAUAUUCGAAGCAGCAACGCAGCCUAUGCCGCCAAAGGUCGCCAUGGCCUCGUCUGUGUGUUUGCUGGCGCGACUGCUGGAAUCGGCGCGGCGACAUUACGGGAGAUGGUUGGCAUGUUGCGCUCUUCAACCUUCUACGUGCUCGGAAGGGACCCUCAUCGCUACCAAGAUAAGCUCGACGAGCUGAAGAAGAUUGACACCACAAACAAAAUCGUAUUUGUCGAGACGCAAAUCGCUCUCAUUGCAGGAGUUGAUCAAGCAUGCAGCAUUAUCCGCGAGGAUGCGGAUAAGGUCGAUAUGAUAUGCGUGAGCCCGGGUGGUAUGCCGUUCCAGGGUGCAGUUUACACAGAGGAGGGUCUAGAAUCCUGCUUUGCCGUCUCAUACUACUCCCGCUUGCGGCUCAUUUCGAAUUUGCUGCCUCUUCUUCACAAAUCGCCCACGCCGCGAAUCCUGUCGAUCCUCAACGGUACCAAGGAGAAGAAGAUCAACGAAGCCGAUAUCGGGCUCAAAAAACACUGGGGAAUCGCCGCAGUCGUCAACCACACCACCAUGUGCACGAGUCUGGCGUUCGAUCAUCUCGCGUCGACCGCCAGUCACAACCAUCUCACGUUCCUCCAUGUCACGCCCGGUCUUGUAUCUACAGAUACCCCUCGCACUGGUCGUCCAUCGAAAUCCAACGGACUGUUUUGGUGGGCGCUCAUAUCUACUUUUCAGAUUGUGUCGGGGUGGAUCAUCACGUGCUUUGGAAUGUCAGCUAAAGAGUCUGGGGAGAGGCACGCGUACGAACUAACAAACGAUAAUUUCGUUGCUGGGUCGUGGCGAGUGAACCGUCUCAAUGAGAUUGUCCCGGACAACCAGGUUCUGAUCGACUACCGAGAGGGUGGGUGGGGUGACAAGAUUUGGGAAUUUACUGUCGGCGUCUGGGAGAAGGCCUUGACCAAAGACGUUCAGUCAUGAUUGGCGUGGUGCUUUUGUAAUUGUCUGCCUAGCUUGAGAUAGUGGCUGCUUAUUUAGGCUACUGUACCCAGUAUUUUAGCUACCAUACCAUAACCAUACACUAGCCCAUAUAUCAGCCUUACUUGGGAUGGGUGAUUGAGAUGUGAGUGUUUGGCACAAUGUUCACACUUUUUUCCUUUUUCCUUUUUAGACAGCUUUCACCCCACCUAUCAUAUUGUUGUAUCAUUUAUCUGCUAUGAAUGAUCGCGUCGUUGACCCGUAGGAUGAAGUUGUCCAAGAGAAGAGACAUACUAGGAGGCCGAAAUAUAUACAGAUACAGCUGGCCAGAUUGGAUGGUAACAGCUUCCCGUGGCAGCAUUAGAAAACAUCACUCUAGUCUUUUCAACGAGACAAUGGUUCGACAAAAGCAAAUGCGUGUACAAUCCAUUAGGGUAAUCGAGCAUAAGAAUGGGUUUGCACAUUUAUACCUUUCUUGCGUUAUGGACGAUUUUUCACGGCUGACGAUAACGACCUUCAACGGCAAAAGAGUUGAUAAACAUGAAGAAACCC